GCCCAAUCUAACAUAGGACCCCACGACCUCUAAAGCCUGUCUAAAAUAUUAUUUCCUGAAAAAUCCUGAAACAGGGUUUUAAAUUUUAUAGAUUCACAAAUAAAACCAACAAUUCCUUUCUUGCAAUGACUUCUCAAUCAUUCACCUUAAGCUUCUCUCCAUCUCUUAAAACUCUAAUAAAUUCCAAUUCUUCUGGAGACUGUUUACCUUGUUUCUCAGUAUCCUUCUCGAAAAAAAUCCCUUGUUCAAGCUUUGGGUUUUGUUUGAAGAGAAAAAUAUUGGGUUUUGAUGAGAAAAUUAAUGGGUUUGGAGGGAACUUUGGGAUCUUUAGUGCUUGGAGAGAAGAAGGGCAAUUGGAGGAGUUGGAUGAUGCGCCAUUGACAGUUGAAUUACAGCAAAUUUGCAGUGAGAGUCAGUUCGAUAGAGUCAUUGCAGAAGCUCAACAACUUGAGGAGUCUUUGAUUAUACUGUGGAUGGCAAGCUGGUGCAGAAAGUGUAUAUAUUUGAAACCAAAAUUGGAAAAGUUGGCAGCUGAUUUCCAUCCAAGAUUGCGAUUUUACUGUGUAGAUGUCAAUACUGUUCCGCACAACCUUGUUGCUCGGGCUGGAGUCACUAAAAUGCCAACGAUACAGUUAUGGAGAGAUGGCAAGAAACAGGCUGAGGUGAUUGGUGGCCACAAAGCAUAUUUGGUUGUUAAUGAAGUACGCCAAAUGAUCGAAAACGAAUGUACUGCAUGAAUGAUAGCACUUUUUUUUAAAGAAAAAUUGAUUCUACCCGUAUUGGUUACAUACCUUAUCUGAUACUCAUUUCUGAAUCCGAGUAACAUGGGAAAAAUUUUGAUCA